AUGCCCUCGGCUCUUCCCCGGUCCCGGCCCAGCCCCGUACCUGGCUGGCGGCGCAGCACGGACAGCUGGGAAGGCGAGCGGAAGGCAGAGACGGAAAACCGAGUUUCCCUUGUCCGUGCCAGUCCCUGUGAGCCAGGCAAAAAGGAGGAGGGAGACGGCAGACAGGACCCGGUAGCCGGGCGGAGGCCAAGGCGCGGCCGAACCCACAGGAAGGUGCAGCAUCUCGUAGGUAGCAGUGUCCGUCCAUUUAUUCCCAAACUGUCUCGUCAGCGCGCCGCCGCGGCCGUGUCAUUCCCGGCGCAUUCCGAUGACGCGUCGGGCAGCCGGCCAAUCCCGUCCCGCAGCGGCCCGACGCUCCGCCCCGUUCCUGGAACAAUCCGGCGGCUUCUCGGAGCCCUCGCUCGGGGUCCGCCAGCGCGGUGGCGCCGAGUCACGGUGAGACGAGGCCUCCCGCGCCGUGGCGCCGAGUCACGGUGCGACGGGGCCGACCGCGACGUGGCGCUUAGUCACGGUGAGGCGACAAUGUUCGGGCGCGGGAAAGCUGAGUCGGGCAGGCGAGGCUGCCACACUGGCGGCCCCCACAACAGACGGGUGCACCCCAAGUUAGGCCGCGGCCCUGCGGCCUUGGAGGCGCCCCGGAGCGGCUACAGUAAGCACGCCCAGUUCGGGGGCUCGCUGGGCGGCGUGGUGGGCUUCCCCUACCCGCUGGGCCACCACCACGUGUACGAGCUGGCCGGCCACCAGCUGCAGUCGGCCGCCGCCGCCGCCGCCGCCUCGGUGCCCUUCUCAAUCGACGGGCUGCUCAGUGGUUCGUGCGCCGCCGCCGCCUCGGUGGUCACCCCCACGCCGCUGCUGCCGGCCGCCUGCGGGGUCGGCGGCGACAGCCAGCCCUUCAAGCUGUCAGAGUCCGGGGACCCGGACAAGGAGAGCCCGGGCUGCAAGCGGCGGCGCACACGCACCAACUUCACGGGCUGGCAGCUGGAGGAGCUGGAGAAGGCGUUCAACGAGAGCCACUAUCCCGACGUGUUCAUGCGGGAGGCGCUGGCGCUGCGGCUCGACCUGGUGGAGUCCCGCGUUCAGGUCUGGUUCCAAAACCGGCGGGCCAAAUGGAGGAAGAAGGAGAACACCAAGAAAGGGCCCGGGCGGCCGGCGCACAACUCACACCCGACCACGUGCAGCGGCGAGCCCAUGGACCCCGAGGAGAUCGCGCGCAAGGAGCUGGAGAAGAUGGAGAAGAAGAAACGCAAGCACGAGAAGAAACUGCUCAAGGGCCAGGGCCGCCAUCUGCACUCGCCCGGCGGCCUCUCCCCCGCCGGGGAGCCAGCCACCUGCGGGGCCCCUGAGCCCGGCGCCGCGGCGGCCGAGGGUUGCGCGGCCGAGGGCGACGAGGUGGACAUGGACUGA